UAGCCCCCUGGCGGAGGGCCCCUUAUUCCGCUCCCGGCACGUUCUCGUCAUGGGAUACCGGAUCUGCCCCCCGAGCCGAGCCGAGCCGAGUCUCUCUCGGGGAAGCUCCCCAGACGUGUCCCCGAGAGCCGCGUCGGAGGGGCCGGAUGAGGAGACUCCCCCUAACGACCCAGCCGCCCGCCUCCGUUGUUGGCGGACUGGCGCUCGCAGGCCUGUUUACAGCCUCCGCCUCUGGCUGAAGGAUUUUGCUGUGAGCCACCCAUACGGUCUCCCUCUUUCUCUUCCUUCAGUGCGAUGCCCCCUGGCGGGGGCGGCGAUCUGCUUAUUGAUUUGCUUUAAGAGACACCGGUUGUCUUUAGGCCGAGGGGUAUUGUGCAGUGUCUGGUGUGACUCAGUGCAUGGGUUAUAAUCCCACCUACUGUGCUGAACUUUGUCCAAGAAGCUCCCAUACAGGUGAUACAGCCCAUCCUCUCCAGACCCAAAGUGUGGCUACCGGCUAUGCGGAUGCUGCUGUGUCAGGGUCCCAAAGUGUAUGGAGGAUGCCAGAGUUUUUCAGUGUCAGAAGAACAAAGUCAGGAUAUGACGGCAACUGAGGAACUUCAAGCCAUUAUACAAAGAUGCCAAAUCCUAGAAGAAGAAGAUUUCAAAGGAGAAGAUUUUAAUCUUUUUCAAGUAGCAGGCCAGAAGUGCUUAGAAGAAGGUUAUGCAGCAGAAGUAUUAGAAGUAAUUCAAAAUGAGAAAAAUAAGGUUAUUGUCAAGAGUAUGGGUUGGAAUCUUGUUUGUCCUCUUGUUAGAUGUAUUUUGAGUUAUAAGCAGGAAGAUGAGAAGAGAGAACAUUGUCUGAAAAUACUAGAUCAGUUGGUGCAGCUAUGUAAUCCAAAGGAACUUUUAUUGGGUUUACUUGAGCAGAUUGAGCAGACCUCUGGGGAACAGAUAUCUCAUACUAUUCUGCUCUUGCUUCAGCCUCUGCAGACAGUUCUAUUGAAACUUCAAAGCAAGAAGUCAUACUCAGUGGGUUUAUCUUUGUCUACCAUUUUAAACCAACUUUCUCUUCUGCCUGUACCUUACACAAGAGAACAAAUUCGAGAAGAUAAACUUGGCCUCUGUCGGUGUUGCAAUGCAGUAGUGGAUUUUGCUAAACCUUUUGUCGAUGAAGUUGUUAAAAAUAUGGAAGCCUCAACAGAAAAUGAUGACGAAGAGCUCAAAGAAGAAUUGCUAAAAUUUUGUUUGAAAAGCUUGAAAUACCCCUUAUUAAUAGCACAGCUUGAUCAGCUGCAUGAAGACAUUGAAGAAGAUCCCUUAAGGCAUUUUGCAGCUGAAAUUCUAGGCAUUUUAUUGGAUAUAAGAGAAUUGUUACCAACAUUGUUUUCACACCGUGGAAGCAGAAAUCAGAACUGGGAUAAUCCGGAUUUUUUGGAUGUAGAUAGAAAGCAUUCUGCAGAUUCUUUGGCAUGUCUGUCAUAUCUGGUGUUUGUUCAGUAUUUUGGUAUUGAUUGUUUUCCAAUGGUCUUUAGUCCAUCAUAUCUUCUACAGUGCAACAUGACACACAUUGAGGUCCUAUUAAAAAGGACAGAAGAAUCUGUGUUAACUAAAGGACUUGACCUGCUUGAAAACUGUUUAUUGAGAAUAGGUGAUAAUAGCCUUCACCAUCAGUAUUUGGAAUUCAGAGGCUUCAUUACAGCACCUCAGGGUUUGGUGAGAGUGAUGACCCUUUGUCCGAUAGAGCAUUUGCGAAAGAAGAGUUUGAAGAUAUUGCAGUUGUAUAUAGACAAAUUUGAUGCAGAGGGAAAAUACAUUUUGUUCAGGUGUUUAUUGAAGACAAGCAACCAUGCUGGCGUAGAAGGCUAUGUUAUUCAGAAUAUCAAAAAUCAGAUUGAUUUAUCAUUAAAGAAAGCAAAUGGCAGUAAGUGGUUUACAGGACCCCAGCUGGUUUCACUUCUAGAUUUAGUGCUCUUGCUUCCUGAAGGGGCUGAAACAGAUCUUCUCCAAAACUCAGAUAGGAUUAUGGCCUCACUAAAUCUAUUGAGAUAUUUAGUCAUUAAGGAUAACGAAUACAACAAUCAAACUGGUAUAUGGACUGAACUUAGCAAGAUUGAGCAAAAUUUCUUAAGUCCUUUGCACACAGGACUUAAUAUGUCAAAAGCACAUUAUGAAGCAGAAAUAAAGAGUAAAAAGGAAAAUAGACGAGAAUCUCACAAUUCUAAAGCAGUUUGUUCUGUAACAGUUGGUGGGGAAAAGAUGCCUAACAUGACCACUGAAAUGCAGCUUCAGGUUCUACAUUCAGCUCUGUUCACAUUUGAUUUAAUAGAAAGUGUUCUGGCCCGAGUAGAAGAACUCAUCGAAGUGAAAAUAAAAACCAUAACAUAACAUAAAUAUUGGCGGUCAAAUGAAGCACUCACUUGGUGUCCUAAAAACCCACUGGAUUUAACGCUUGCAAUACAUUAAGACAUUAGUCAUUAUGACUUUACUUGAAAGAGACAUUAUCAAGCUUUAAACAAGUCUGUUGAAGAAUUAUUUAUAAAAGGCUGUUAGAAUACUUGCAACUGAUGUUCUUUACAUGUCUUUACUGUAGAAUCUGAUUAAUGGAAAUAGACAAUGUACUAAUUUCAACAAAAUAUCCCAAGUUACUCUCUCAUUGAGUUUGCUGCAGUUUUGCUACAGUUUGGAAAUUGCAUCUGCUUGGCAUAAGAUAAUUAUAUUUUAUUAACCUUUGGAGAUGAGGAUGUUUUUGGUGUGUAGAAAUAGCCUUAUGUUUGCAUUACCUAGAACCCAAUAAUAAUGUUCGGAAAGUUUUGAGAUCCACAGAUGUGUAAAUACUAGGUAUUAUUACUGCAAUUAAUAUUGCCAGCUAUACUUCUAGAUUAAUAAAGACUGACUGUGAAUCAGGACUGUCCAUACUGGAGAUCUGAGCAUAGGGAUUUGAGGACAAGGGGAAGCCAUGCUUCAAAAACAAGAUAAGUUUAGAACUUUCCACAGUGAAAGGUAAUAUACAUAAACAAGACAGGAAGCAUAUGUUUUGUAAAGAGAAACAAGAAUGCAAUUCAGUGCAAAAGUUGUUAAUGCAUAAUAUGAUCUAAAAUAUAUGGAACUUGGGGGAAUCUACUCUAGGAUCAUUUUGAUUAUUCUUAUCCUCCCUAACUAUGAAGAAGCUCCCGAAGAGGUGUUUAAAUGUUUUGGAAAAUAACAUCACUUUGCAAUCAAGCUGAAGGUAAAGCACUUGUUUUUUAAUGAUGUUUUAUUUAAAUUGCCCAAAUUGUAAAAACAAAACAUAUAUAGGGUUUAAAAAAAAUCCCUUAACUUUUCUCCAAGUUAGCAAAUUUGGUAUAACUCAUGCUAUAUAGCAUUGAAUAUCACAAUAAAUGUUAUGUAAAUUUUCAUUUAAUGCAUUAAUUAUAUACACAAAUAUUUUUGAACUGACCACUUUUUGUACAGUUGCUGUAUUUUUUUGAACAGAUAAGAAAAGCAUUUGUAUUUUGUUUAGAAAUGUAACUCCAGAAGUUUUGAAUAAAUCUAAUUGGUACUAAGUUAGUUACAAUCCAA